UCUUUUUCUUCUCUUUUUUUCCUUCUCUCUCCUUCUUCCCCUCAUAUUCCUGCUUCUCAGCUCUACCCGUCCUCUAUCUUCCGCUUAUCUCUCUUUCUGCUCCUGCUCCUCUGCCUGCUUUACAAAAGUGUGUCCUCCUCCAGGUCUCAGGUGAUAGCUCUGCUGGCGCAGUUCCCUCAUUGUUGUGCUCAAGUGACUCGCAUUCAAACGAAAUAUACAACGAAAGCUACCACAGUGGCCUCUAAGUGAGAUGGCUAGUCCAUGCAUACUGUACUGGGAUCGUGAUGAUUCUGGUAACCGGACAACACCAUCUCAGGUGAUGUAAUCCGCUAUGAGAUGAGUCCUCUGGUGAGAUCUCUGGUCAGAAAUAAGGUCUGGACCUGCAGUUCUGCAGAAAGUUGUGGUACAUGUCUCUACCAGACCCGCAACGCAGGAUAAACUACUCGAUGUGUGAGAGAGUACACGCAGGAGCUUGGUCCCCUGCCACUCAGCUCUAGUGGCAGACCUCUGCAGGACAUACUCUCCGAGUGCCCACAGCUACAGUUCAUUGGCAGCAGACCUUCGUCCAUAUUUCUCACUCUCGCCUCGUCUCGCUAACCGCGCCACUCCCGUCUGCCUCCUCCUGUGCUCUCCCGUACAUGCCGCUCUCCUCCUCUGCUGCCUGUCGUCCGGUAGACAGCGGCUCCUCCCCAGGACACACCUAGUACGCACUCUCUCUCACAGACUGUAGCAGGUGAUCUGGAAAAAUUGUCGACUGAGUUUCGACAUCUACUGAAGAUGCAGACCCCAUCUUGUGAAAUUCCACUCAGUCGGCUACAGCAGGAGUACCAGACUCUGUAUCACCACUCAUUCAGAGUGGCAGACUAUGUGCCAGCGGCCAGUGGAGAGACAGGGAAGAUGAAGUCCCUGGUCGAGGCUUGCUCGGGGAUCGGGUUGAAAGAAGUCAAACUACCGAACAACAGAACUGAGACAGUUGUAUUUCUGGAGUCAGAACAGUCACCUGCUGCUCUGCUGCUACCAAGGCCCCAACACAGCUAGCAGUACAACCAGCACCAUCUGACACGGUUGCUGACUGCGAACUUCGUGUCCGCGAGCUACUCUGCUGGCUCCCGGACUACCAGAUCAUGCUGGGCAGGUUCAUCGGAGAGUAUGAGAAGAAGUAUGGCCACAAGAUGGGCUACUACGGCCAUGCCAAGCUCACUAAUCUACUGGAGACAUUCACUUCCACACUCACUCUCUCAGAAGAGAAGGGCCGACGCGACUGGUACAGCUCCAGCCACUGCUGGUCCUCACCCACGAAGUCUCUCUCCUCCUCUCUGCCCGCGGCGGGCGGCUCAGCAUCAACCAGAUAGUCCCCGAGUACAAGGAAAUGUUUGGGAAGAGCAUGGUUGUCAGCCAUUUCGGUUUCUCCAAGCUGAUCAAGGCUCUGGAAGCAAUGUCUGACACCAUUACUCUUACCGGGAGUGGACCUUCUCGUGUGGCCGUUUUGAAGAAGCCAGUCACAUUCCGUGAUCCAGCUACACAGCGGCAGUUUGCAGAGGAGGUGUCGGUCCUUCUAAUGUCCACCCUCACCAAGAAGAAACCUGUGGUGGAGCUGACGCGGGACUACAACGAGGUGUUCAGAGGACCAGCGACCGCGGGGAAACUGCCGCCCAUGACUGCCGCGGAGAUGGCCGACACUCUCUGCAAAAUGCCUGGUUUCAGUGUGACAGGUACAGUGCCAAUGCAGUACAUUGCUCUUGUCCACCAACAAGACAAGGAGAAGAAGAAGAAAGAUAAGGCUAAAGCUCCGCCGCAGAAGGUGCCAUCCGAACCUCUGCUAGAGCCAGCAGACGGCAGCAAACAGCCCCCUGCAGAGGAGAGUGGGGGAGCUGCUGUUGAACCUACUUUUAGGAGGGCAGACACUUCUCCACUUCCGCCUUCUCUUUCUACGGUCACCCUACCUGAGCCUUUGCAACCGAAUGGUAGUGGAGUGGUCGGUAGUGGAACGGGAGGGGGUGGGGGUGGAAUUGUUGGUAGUGGAGAGGGGAGGGGGUGGAUUGUUCGGUACCACUACGGCCGGAACCACGAGUACCACUGGUGGGAAGCCAGAGUCGGAGGUAAAAGCAAGCGAGGGUGGGUCUCUGUUGAGGUUCUGCGACCGAGAGUCGCAGCGUCUGGCGUCAGAGACGCAGCGACUGCUCCAGUGUAACCCCGAACACGCAAUGACCAUCGAGGAGCUGGUGGAGAGCUUCGCGGAGGCCGAGGACCCCGCCCACCCCCAGCCAGAGGAGCUGAGUCUCGGUCUCCACAAACACAACGUCAGGAGAGGUGGCUCCAAGGCUCCCAAGAUGUUCCAGAUAAGCACCAUCCCUGGGUCAGUGGGGGACAGCCUGGUCCAGCUAAACCGGCCUGACUGCAUCGCCAAACUGGGUCUGGACCUGUUACACCUGUUUGUAGUCCGGCCGACGCCCCAGCUGGAUCUGUCUCUGGCCCAGAUGACCUCACUCUACCUCCAGUGCUACGGCCACAGACUCGUUCCAGCUGUGUAUGGAAUGAGGACGCUGGAGGGUGUUAUAGAGGGAGAGAAACACCUCAACCUCCUCUUUAAGCUUGAUGAAACAAAGCAGCUGUGUUCACUGGUGGACACCGGCUGCCAACGAGUCAUGGCAUCUCUCCUGGUGGAGCUACUCUACCUCCGAGGGGAGGAGUGUCGCGACCGUCUGGCCGACCUGCCUCGUCUCUUCCACCUGCACUAUGGCUUCCCUCUCCCCCUGCAUCGUCUCAACGUGGACUCUGUGGCUGAUUUACUCGCUCUCCGUGAGAUACAGACACACAUACAGGUGAGUGACGGUAGAGCAGUGCUGAAGGACGUGAAUCGAUUCGCAGAGCAGCUGCGGUUCCUUCUCGCCCAGCACAACGGCCGCCUCUCUCUCGACGCCCUCCGAGACCUCUACACUCUGACCUUUGGACCUCCCCCGGAGGCGGAGGGGAAGGACUGGCUGGGCACGAAGCUGAUCCAGUAUGCCCCACACGUUGUGAACCUCACGGGGAACCAGUGGGUGAUAUGGGCCCCAGCAGGAAGGCCCUACCCUGCAAGGCCACUCAGCAAGCUUGCCUCGCACCCCCCGAGCACAGUCUAUGGCAAACAGACAGUGGAUUACACUGGUACUAAUUGGGGGGUUGGGUUCAUCGGCGAGACAAACGCAGUUUCUGUUGGGGGAAAAGAAUCGGGUGUGCAGGAUCUUAUUGAUAUGGAGGAAGGCGGUAGGGAGCUAAGGGAGACACACACAAGAAACUUCAGCUCAUCUCCUGGCGGGGCAACAGACAAACCACGCAUCGCUCGACGUUCAGAGACAACAACACCUCGCCCACCUCUCCCUCUUCUUUUCACUGACCUUCUACUUCACUCCACAACAGAAGGUCAUGAAUCCUCCUCCACCUCGAAUCAGCCACAGAGAGAGGAGAAACUGGUUGAAUACGAUGAUUCCCCUUACGGAUUCCUGGAGAGAGAUCCUGACCUGCUGGCACGGUUUACAGUGAAGGAGUUGGAUGAGACGAACGCCGUGUCGACCGAAGAAGCCCUGCAGAGGCUACUAGAAGCCGGGAAUCUGAUGGACUACCCUCUAAUUCCCGACCUCCCCCUGCCUCAACUCACACCUCUCCCUCCUCCCCUCAUCCCCUAUCUCCCACCUCCCAUUCUCCCCAAUCUCCCCCCUCCCCUCAUUCCCGUCUCUCUUUCCCCACCCUCACACUCAACAAACAGCAACGACGACGAGAAACCCUCCCCCGUUACACACUCGUCACCCAGGGGCCCCUCUCUCCCAACUGACAGUACCACAGACUACCUCAAAGCAGGACUCAAACCAGACGAAGUCCUCCGAGAGCUCUACCGCGUCAAAGACCUUGGGGGCGGGGUUAUAAAUCCCGCCAGCAUGGACCCCUUCCUCAGCUACUUUGGAGAGUUGUCGAGUCGCGAGCUGGAGCGUCUGGAGUCCCAGGAGGCAAAACAGGUGCCGAAGCCACUCUCCCCGACCCCCAUGAAGGGUAUGCUGCGCAAGAAACGGAUGAUGGCGAUUCGUUUCCCGGGGCAGGAGAGCGAGGUUGACCCUGAGCUACAGAAGACACUGGACUCUCUCCAGCUGCCGGAGGUUGACAGCGACUCCAGUGGAGACGAGGGAGAUCCGUCUGUCCCCGUUCAACCCCUCAGCCGUUCCGAGCUCAUCGAGGAGCUAAUGAACAGGGGCGACCCCCUCCCAUUGCGGCGAGACAGGGAAGACAAUUCUCAGAUUACGUCUGGAGGAUUCGAUGGCAGCAAGCCAGCGUCUUGCCCACCUUACUAUUGAAUGGGAAAGACUGGCAGCGUCCGUAGUGACUGUAGUUGCACACAUAUACUCCUAUAAUUACGUUUUGAGUCGUGCUUAUACCAUUAGACUCUUUUACAGUUAUUGUGCUUAUGUACUUUUCUGCAGUCAUUUAUAUACCAUUACAUUAGUGUCAGGUUUUAUAGGCAGAAGCUGCUUUUGUCGGUUCUGUUUUCGGUGCUGCAAAAGCUACAGCUUCUGUCUCAUUUAUAUGUAUGUAUGGCUAUGCUUUGACUCUCAUCUAGUCCCAGUACUGUCUUACUGUUGUAUAAUAAUUUAUUGUAUUUUGCGUGGGCGAAUC